CGGAUACCGAAGACCAAAUGAUCAAAACAUGGCGGACUUUCCUGCUAGGCUGUUAUCGCUUCCUGAUCAUUGCUUGAGACACUGCCAAGUUCGACGACAUUGCAACCAGGAGCUGGUGCCAUGACGGCAAAUGAGUUCAGCUACUGACUGUCGCAGCCUCGUACAACAACCCAGUCGGUCUCAUUGGCCCCGUGAUGGAGCAGCCCAAGUACAACGCGCUGGACCGGGAGAAGGUCGAGCUCGAGUACGCUCACCUGUUCCGCGAGAACGGCAUGGGUCUGACCGUCUGGUCCCCCUUAGCCCAGGGUAUCCUGACUGGCAAAUACAAGGAUGGCAUCCCCGACGACUCGCGGUUCGCGCAGAACCAGGUCGAGUUCAUCGCCGGCUACUGGAAACGCACAGGCAAAUCAGACUGGGACCAGGUCGUCCAGCGCGUCAACAAGCUCCAGCCCAUCGCCGACGAGCUGGGCGUCAAGUUGAGCGCGCUCGCGCUCGCCUGGGUGCUCAAGAACCACAACGUCAGCACCGCCAUCACGGGCGCCAGCUCUCCCGCGCAGGUCCUUGAGAACGUCAAGGCCAUCGAGGUUAUUGACAAGCUCGCCCCCGAGAUUAUGGACAAGAUUGACAAGAUCCUCGAGAACAAGCCUCCUGCUGUCACACCGCGGUUCUAGGUGCCAAACUUGGUAUGGGCUGGCGUGUCAAAACGAGGCUGAGGAGGAAAA